UAGUUGCGUCUAGUCGGCCGGAAACAAGAAGAAGAAGAAGAAGCAGAAGACGCAGCAGCAGCGAGCUCGUGCAGCAGGAAGUGUGUGAGAGGGAAGACCGCUUAGAGAGAACAAUGGGAGUAGAAGUAGAGACCAUUAGACCAGGAGACGGAAAGACUUUUCCGCAGAGAGGACAGAAUGUGUCCGUGCACUACGUUGGUACGCUGACAAAUGGAAAGAAGUUUGACUCCUCCAGGGACAGAGGAGACCCCUUCAAAUUCAAAAUUGGACAGGGUCAAGUCAUUCGUGCUUGGGAUGAGGGUGUAGCUCAGAUGAGCGUUGGCCAGGUGGCCAAGCUGACCUGCUCGCCGGACUAUGCUUAUGGCGCUAAAGGAUACCCUCCCGUCAUCCCGGGAAAUUCCACUCUCAUCUUUGAAGUGGAGCUGCUUGGUGUUUGUUGAAUUUAAAGGUUACUCUUCAGUUUCUCAUUCCACCAACAUCUGACAUAACUAAUUUUAAUUAAAGGUGCUUUCAGUAGCAUUUAAAAACAUGAAUAAAUCAUUGUGGAAAGAAUUCUGAUAUCUUGGUGUUAUUGAGACAAAUUAGACUAAUUCCGGUAGUAUUGUUGGUGCUAAAAUGACACCUGGAUUAAAAAAAAAGAUAAUAGGUAUGAAUUCUUUUUCAAAAUAUGCGUAUAUCUUCCGGGGUUUGUUACCUCCAUUUUUACAUUUUGUCUGAUAAACCUUCGACUUGUUAUUCAGCUGUUAGAUAGCACAUCAGAUACAUAAUGGUAAAAAACAAACUAACAUUAAAAUUCUUUAAAAUACAUUCUGAAUGGACCACCCGCUCUGAACCAGUGGCACUAAAUCUGCACAGAAAAUCUUGUUCAUAUGUAGUAUGAACCAAUGUAGUUCCAAUGUUUUAGAAUUGGUGUGAAAAUGAUUUUUAAUGU